AAAUUUACAAGGACGUGAAAUUAUUGUAGGGGCCUUCGAUUAUCGGCCCUUUAUGGUGGUAGAUUUUCAUAGCGUACCCGAAAACUAUGAUCAUGCCGAGGACAAUCCACGACAUUUGGUCCAUAUUGAUGGUACUGAAAUGCGUAUUGUUCAUACAUUUUGUGAGCUAUAUAAUUGUAGUGUUCAGGUGGAUACAUCCGAAAAAUCUGAAUGGGGUAUGGUAUAUCCCAACUAUACAGCCGAUGGUCUGCUUGGUCUGAUUGUUGAGGGAAAAACACAUAUGGCCAUGGGGGCUUUUUUUCAAUGGUACAUAGCCUACAGAAGCAUCGAACAGACAACAUUUCUGGGUAGAUCUGGUAUAACAUGUUUGGUGCCUGCACCGACUCGUGUCACAACAUGGGCUUUGCCUAUUAGCCCAUUUACAUAUACCCUGUGGUUGGCUGUAGCAGUUUGUUUAUUUGUGGAAGCAUUGGCAUUAUUUUUGGCCAGACUUUUCGAGGAGCGGGAAAUUAUGCAACUAGAAGACGGAACUAUAUGGUCGAGCAUUGAAUUUGGCUAUACAACAACACUAAAGCUAUUUAUAUCACAAGGUUCAGAUUAUGUGGUUGAUUCACAUACGGUCAGGAUGGUAUUAUUCGCCUGCUAUAUGAUUGAUAUUAUUGUGACGAGUAUUUAUGCAGGGGGUCUAUCGGCCAUAUUGACAUUACCGGACCUUGAGGAGGCAGCCGAUUCUGUGGAACGUAUGUAUAGUCACAACCUGACAUGGACGGCAACAUCCUAUGAUUGGGUGGCAUCCAUUGCCGAUGAAGAAACUGGUGUCGUUGAUCCCCUGAUGCAAGGCCUUGUAAACAAUUACAUCAUUAGCAGCCGGGAGGAAAUGCGCCGCAAGGCUCAAACGGAUAAUAUAGGUUUUGCUUUGGAACGUAUGGCUUUUGGACAUUUUGGUAAUGGCCAUUUUAUUACACCCGAAUCUUUGGACCGUCUGAAGCUAAUGGUUGAUGAUAUCUAUUAUGUAUUCACUGUGGCCAUGGUGCCACGUAUGUGGGCCCAUCUACCCAAAUAUAAUGAUUUAAUAUUGGCUUGGCAUUCAUCGGGAUUUUCAAAAUACUGGGAAUGGAAAAUCGUCGCUGACUAUAUGAAUGCCAAUGAACAGAAUCAAGUGCAGGCAUCUAUGUUUACACAAUUGGAUGUGGGACCCGUCAAAUUGGAUAUGAACAAUUUUGCCGGUCUAAUUGUACCAUGGAUUAUAGCUGAAAAAUCUGAAUGGGGUAUGGUAUACCCAAACUAUACAGCCGAUGGUCUACUUGGUCUGAUUGUUGAGGGAAAAACCCAUAUGGGCAUGGGGGCAUUUUUUCAAUGGUACAUAGCCUACAGAAGCAUCGAACAGACAACAUUUCUGGGUAGAUCUGGUGUAACAUGUUUGGUGCCUGUACCGACUCGUGUCACAACAUGGGCUUUGCCUAUUAGCCCAUUUACCUAUACCCUGUGGUUGGCGGUAGCAUUUUGUUUAUUUUUGGAAGCAUUGGCAUUAUUUUUGGCCAGACUUUUCGAGGAGCGGCAAAUUAUGCAACUAGAAGACGAGACUAUAUGGUCGAGUAUUGAAUUUGGCUAUACAACAACACUCAAGCUAUUUAUAUCACAAGGUUCGGAUUAUGUGGUUGAUUCACAUACGGUCAGGAUGGUACUGUUCGCCUGCUAUAUGAUUGAUAUUAUUGUGACAAGUAUUUAUGCAGGGGGUCUAUCGGCCAUAUUGACAUUGCCGGACCUUGAGGAGGCUGCCGAUUCUGUGGAACGUAUGUAUAGUCACAACCUGACAUGGACGGCAACAUCCUAUGAUUGGGUGGCCUCAAUUGCCGAUGAAGAAACUGGAGUCGUUGAUCCCCUGAUGCAACGCCUUGUAAACAAUUAUAUCAUCAGCAGCCGUGAAGAAAUGCGCCGCAAGGCUCAAACGGAAAAUAUAGGUUUUGCUGUGGAACGUAUGACAUUUGGACAUUUUGGGAACGGCCACUUUAUUACCCCUGAAUCUUUGGAUCGUUUGAAGCUAAUGGUUGAUGACAUGUUUUAUGUAUUUACCGUGGCCAUGGUGCCACGUAUGUGGGCCCAUCUACCCAAAUAUAAUGAUUUAAUAUUAGCCUGGCAUUCGUCGGGUUUUUCGAAAUAUUGGGAAUGGAAAAUCCUCGCCGACUAUAUGAAUGCCAAUGAACAGAAUCAAGUGCAGGCAUCUAUGUUUACACAAUUGGAUGUGGGACCCGUCAAACUGGAUAUGAACAAUUUUGCCGGCCUAAUUGUACCAUGGAUUAUAGGUAUAAUUAUCAGUAUAAUGGCUUUUAUUGGGGAAUGGAUUUAUUAUUGGUGGUGUAAGAAAGAUUAG